CCCCCGCCGGCCAUCACCACGGUCAAACGUAAGAGAAAACCAAGGUUAUUCACCAAGGAUAUCGAGUCACUACUUUAUGCAAUGGGAGACGGUCCAGUAUCAUUAGAAUCAACUAUAAAUGCUUUAGAUGAUUGCUUAUCAGAAUAUUUAGUGGAUUUAUCACAUAAGUCUUUGGAUGUUGCCAAAGCAUACGGCAGAACAAGAAUCAAAAUAGACGAUUUACCCCUUGUAUUGAAAAACGACCCAGUCAAGUUGGCAAGAUUUAAUUACAUUAGAGAACAAAGUCUUAAAAUUGAAAUGGCCAAAAAAAUGUUUGAUCAUGAUCCUGCUGGAGGUGUAGAUGAAGAAGACGAC